AUGCUCAAAACAUACAAUUUAAGAACUUUUCAUAAUAGUUUUAGAAAAUCACACAUAAAAUGGACCUGCUUCGCUUGCACGAGAGAGGAAAGUUCAACAAAACCAAAAACAAAAACAUACUCUCACACAGUUUUGUUCCCUAAAACAAAUUUUCCGGCUAGAUCCAAUGUCAACAAAGAGAAAAUUCAAAAGACUGCGAAGUUUGCCGAACUCUAUGAAUGGCAACGGGAACAUUUAACUGGUCCAGAAUUCAUUUUACAUGAUGGGCCACCUUAUGCAAAUGGAGAUUUACAUAUGGGGCAUGCUGUUAACAAGAUCAUUAAGGAUAUAAACAACAGAAGUCAGAUUCUUCAGGGUAAUAAAGUACAUUAUGUCCCAGGCUGGGACUGCCACGGACUUCCAAUAGAGUUUAAAGCUCUCCAGAAAACAAAAAGCAAGAACGAACCCACCGACCCAGUCCAAACAAGACAAAUAGCAAGAAACUUUGCACUUGAAACUGUUAAGAACCAAAAAGCAGCUUUUGAGAGCUGGGGUAUAAUGGCUGAUUGGGAAAAGCAGUGUUAUUUAACUCUGAAUAAAAAUUAUGUUCAGAACCAACUGCGAUUGUUUUAUAAAAUGUACAAAUCCGGUUUAAUUUACCAAGCACUUAAACCAGUUUACUGGUCUCCAUCUUCAAGAACAGCACUAGCUGAAGCGGAAUUGGAAUAUGAUCCUAACUUCAAAAGCAAAGAGGUUUAUUUUAAAUUUCCUAUGGAGAAAGUUCCUGAUUUAGUGAAGAAAAUCUGUGCUAACCAGCAAAUAUUUGCUCUUAUCUGGACAACGACUCCUUGGACAUUAGUUGCUAACAAGGCGAUAGCUUACAACCCCAGUAUGGUGUACUGUGUCGUCAGAAUGAGUAAAAGAUCCGAGCUUUUCCUUAUUGCUAAAGAUCAGAUUCAAGAACUAGAGAGAGUAUUGGACUGUGAAAUAUCUACAGUUGUGGAAUUUGAGGGUCAUCAUCUAUCAGCCACAACUUAUAAAGGUCUGACACACAUUAUGCCGCUAAUACCAGGCCCACAUGUGACCAGUGGCAAGGGCUCCGGUUUAGUUCAUACAGCACCCGCACAUGGACCAGAUGACUUUGUUGUUGCUCUCAAUAAUAAUAUUACUGUGGAGUGCAAUGUAGACGAACAUGGCCGUUAUAUAGAUCUUGGGCCUGACUUGGACGGACUAUACGUGUUGAAGGAAGGCCAGGAAACUGUGAUGAAGAAGUACCAAGAUUCUAUUAUAUACGAGGGUAUAUUCACACAUUCCUAUCCAUUGGAUUGGAGAACCAAAAAACCGGUUAUACUAAGGGCUAGCCAUCAAUGGUUCAUAGAUACGAAUGCCUUGAAACAAACAGCAUUGUCAGCUCUAGAUAAAGUGGCUAUCCUACCACCUUCCACUGCUGACCAGUCAAGACAGGGCUUCCGUGCUCAAUUGGAAAAGAGGCCCUAUUGGUGUAUAUCGAGGCAGAGAGCCUGGGGCGUGCCAAUACCGGCUUUGUAUAAGGAUAGAGAAGUUAUUGUUGAUGAGGAAAUCAUAGAGAAUAUGUGUUCUCUCAUAGACAAGCACGGUACAGAUGUUUGGUGGACUUGCGAUGUGAAGGAUCUCAUACCAAAGAACAUUGCUGAGAAAUAUAACGUGAAUUGUGAAGAAAUUAUUAAAGGAAAGGAUAUAAUGGACAUCUGGCUGGACUCUGGUCUUUCCUGGCACACCCUGGACCGUAAGGCUCACCUGUACUCUGAAGGUGUUGACCAACUCACUGGUUGGUUCCAAGCCUCAUUACUAACGUCUCUCGCUCUGAAGGGUGAAGCGCCGUACGAAUCGAUAUUCGUGCACGGCUUCGUAGUUGAUGAUAAGAAACGAAAAAUGUCAAAAUCCAUCGGCAAUGUCAUUGACCCGAAAACCAUAAUAUUCGGUGACAAGAAGAAUACUGCUUACGGUGUUGACACACUGAGGUGGUGGGUGGCGAGUCAUUCUACUCAACAUUCCCAAAUAGUUAUCAGUAAGAAACUUCUAGAAGACUGUCAGAACGAAGUAGUACGGAUCCGAAACAUAAUGAAAUACCUACUCGGUGUGAUCAACGAUUUAGGGAAAAAAGAUUUCGACCGAAAACCGACAUUAAAUUUCUUCGACCAAUUCAUGGUAUCAGAAUGUUAUAGCUUUAUGAACGAAAUAAAUCAUCAUUACAAUAAUUUUAGAUACAAUCACGUCGCGCAAAAUGUAUUAUAUUUUAUAAGUAAUAAAGUAUCCGGAUUGUAUUGCCAUUGUAUUAAAGAUAGGUUGUACUGUUCAAUGAAAAAUUCUAAAGAGAGACUUGCAGCUCAGCUUGUGAUUCAUACGAUUCUAGUCUCGCUGUGUAGGGGUUUAGGACCAAUUUUGCCUCAUUUAAUCGAAGAAGUGUGGCAGUAUCAUCCAUUAUAUGAAGAACCGUUUUAUUUCACCAAAGAUCUACCAGUUUUGAAGCCGACUGAUGCUGAUUCGUCGUUGAUAGAAGCCAUAUUGGAUAUCAAAAGAAACAUUACCUUGAAUACUAAAAAUGAACAUUUGAAGAAAUUUGAAGUUAACUUAACAGUAAAUUCAGAUUUAUUUGAUAAAUUAAAUGAAUUAAACCAUACAGAUGGUAUCAAUGAUAGUGUUUUAUGUGAAAUUCUAGAAGUGUCAUCUGUCAGAUUAAAUAAUGGCGCGAAUAUGCUCAUAGAUUUGACACAGAGUAAAAAUGGCCAAUGUUUGAGAUGUAGGAAAUAUAAUGCCAUAGAUAAUAGUGAUAAGUGUUUAAGAUGUGAAAAAGUCUUAGCUAUGUAUUAA